ACCUGCAGAUAUCUCUUCCCAGUUUCAGUUGUUCCAACUUCGUCUUCUCCAUUUUUUCAUUUUCAUAAAAAAACAACCUUUGUCUGACUGACUGCUCAAACCUGACAUGAAUUCAUCGAAUCCCCAUUUCUGACAGGCCAAAGAUUCGAUCAUGUCCGUACCCCAAUUGGAUCAAUUCCUCCAUCUCCUGCUUGCUCUGCUCCUCCUCCUCCUAGUCUCCGGGAGUUCGUUGGUGUCCGGAGAUUCUCUCGAAUCAGACAGGGAAGUGCUUCUACAGCUCCGGCAAUUCUUGGAGACACACAAUCCCGUCGCCGUCAAUCAGAGGAACUACUUCCGGUGGAAUUCCGGCGACUCCUCACCCUGCAAUUGGCCUGGAAUCACCUGCACCGGCGGCGGGGGGUCGCCGGAGGGGGGGCUGAAUCGCGUGACGGAGAUCAACCUUUCCGGCAGCAACAUUGCCGGCGGCAUCUUCGGCAACUUCUCGGCGCUGCCGGAGCUGUCAUCGCUCGACCUGUCGGAAAACACAAUCGGAGGGGAAAUCGGCGAGGUACUCGGAAAGUGUAAGAACCUCAGAUUCUUAAACCUGUCCCACAACAUCAUCUACGGUGUCCUGAACCUGACCGAGCUCGAAAACCUCGAAAUCCUCGACCUGUCUCAGAACAGGAUCCGCACCGAUGUCGGGAUGGCUGUGCCGGCCGAUUGCCGGAAAUUGACCGUGGCAAAUAUCUCCAGAAACAACUUCACCGGCGAUGCCGGCCGGGUGUUCCGGCAAUGCUCGAAUCUUAAGUAUCUCGACCUCAGCACAAAUCAAAUGUCGGGAGAGCUAUGGCCCGGAUUCGAUCGCGUCCACGACCUGUCCUUGGCCGACAAUCGAUUCUCCGGCCACAUCCCGCCGGGGACUUUUUCGCAAAACUGCAGCCUACGGGAUUUAGAUCUAUCGGGGAAUUUGUUCUCUGGCAAAUUUCCGGCAGAAAUCGCCAACUGCAGCGAGUUGGAGACGCUGACAUUGUGGGGCAAUAAGUUCACGGGACGAAUCCCGGCCGAAAUAGGCUUGUUGCCGAAUGUAUCGGCGUUGUACUUAGGAAGCAACAAUUUCUCGAAGGAGAUCCCGGAAUCGUUAUUAGGCCUUCGACGGCUAACGUUUUUGGAUUUAAGUGGGAACCAUUUCGGCGGCGACGUGCAGCCUAUCUUCGGCCGGUUGGCGCAAGUACGUUAUCUUUUAUUGCACAAGAACUCGUACACGGGAGGGAUCGUUGCGUCGGGUGUUCUAAGCCUUCCUAGCAUCGCUCGAUUGGACUUAAGCCAUAACGACUUCUCCGGCCCGUUGCCGGUUGAGGUCUCGUACACGAGAAGCUUGAAGUUCUUGGUUCUUGCCUACAAUAAGUUCUCCGGGAGCAUCCCCGAUGAAUAUGGAAACUUGACGGGGAUACAAGCGAUCGAUCUUUCGUUCAAUGAGCUGACGGGUCGGAUUCCUCCGAGUUUCGGGAAUUUAACGUCGUUGUUAUGGUUGAUGCUCGCGAACAAUAGGUUGACGGGUGAAAUCCCGGCGGAGUUAGGGAAUUGCCGCAGCCUAUUGUGGCUGAAUUUGGCGAACAAUCAAUUGAUGGGGGCGAUGCCGCGAGAGCUGGCAAGGAUCGGGAAUGAACCGGAAGCUACUUUUGCAGCGAACAAGAGAAGUGACAUUAUUCCGGCGGGCUCCGGCGAAUGUCUGACGAUGCGGAGAUGGAUACCGGCGGAUUAUCCGCCAUUUAGCUUUGUGUACUAUCUUCUCACAAGAAAAAAGUGUCGAGAGUUGUGGGAUCAGCUACUCAAAGGAUACGGCUUGUUCUCGAUUUGCCUACCAGGUUCGUCUGUUAGGACGACUCAGAUAUCGGGCUAUAUCCAACUCGGCGGGAACCUAUUGUCGGGAGAGCUCCCGGAAGACAUCGGUAAGAUGACGAACUUUAGUAUGAUUCACUUGGGGAACAAUCACUUCUACGGGUCGCUUCCUUCGGACAUCGGGAACUUGCCUUUAGGCGUUCUAAACUUAUCGAGCAAUGCAUUUUCGGGGGAGAUACCGUCACAAAUUGGUGACAUCAAGUGUUUGCAAAAUCUCGACUUGUCGUAUAACAACUUCUCGGGCAUCUUCCCGUCGAGCUUGAACAAGUUAAGCGAUCUAAACAAGUUCAAUAUUUCGUACAAUCCAUAUAUAUCCGGCUCUAUCCCGACCACCGGUCAGCUAGCUACCUUCGAGAAAUGGUCGUUCGUGGGCGAUCCUCUUCUUCAUCUCCCGCCUUUCAUGACCAAUGAUACAUCGCCGGGAAGCAACAAAGGGGAGAACAAGAAUGCUACGAAGCACAUCAGCGCGUUUAUAGUUGUAGUCGUGUUUUCACUCGCCGUUUUAGUAUGUGGCCUUUUGACGCUCAUCAUUUGCAUCCUUUUGAAGAGACCAGAUGACUCGCAAGAGUUCUUUCUACGCGAUGCUAAGGAUCAACAAGAAUUUGGAUCGAGCUCGGGCGCAUCAUCGCCGUGGUUGUCCAACACGAUAAAGAUCAUCCAUUUGGACAAGACUGUCUUUACAUAUUCGGACAUCGUGAAAGCGACUAGAAGCUUCUCGGACGAUAGGAUCAUCGGGAAGGGAGGGUCCGGGACGGUAUACAGGGGUGUGUUGCCCGAUGGAAGAGAAGUUGCCGUGAAGAAACUCGCGACGGAAGGCAUAGAAGGCGAACGUGAAUUUAUGGCCGAAAUGGAAGUGAUGAGCGGGAACGGGUUCGGAUGGCCUCACCCGAACCUCGUAACGCUCUACGGAUGGUGCUUGUCGGGCUCAGAAAAGCUCCUCGUCUACGAGUACAUGGACGGAGGGAGUCUCGAGGAUCUCAUCACGGACCGUAAAAGUUUAAACUGGCAAAGACGGGUGGAGAUCGCAAUAGACGUCGCGCGUGCCUUGGUGUACCUACACCACGAGUGCUACCCAAGCAUCGUGCACCGGGACGUGAAGGCGAGCAACGUGCUCCUAAACAAGAACGGGAAGGCUCGGGUGACCGACUUCGGGUUGGCCCGGACGGUGGAUGCCGGCGGUAGCCACGUCAGCACAAUGGUGGCGGGUACGGUGGGGUAUGUGGCGCCCGAGUACGGGCAAACGUGGCAAGCCACGACCAAGGGUGACGUGUAUAGCUACGGGGUUCUAGCAAUGGAGCUCGCCACCGGGAGACGGGCGGUAGACGGGGGAGAGGAAUGUCUCGUCGAGUGGGCCAAGAGGGUCACGGGCGGCGGCAAUAUGGUGGUGCCGGUGGAUCUACUAGUGUCGGGGCUAACUGAAGGGGCAGACCCAAUGAACGAAUUAUUUCGAGUCGGAUUAUCGUGUACUGCGGAGAGCCCCCAUGCUAGGCCUAACAUGAAGGAGGUUUUAGCCAUGUUGUUUAAAGUUUGUUAUAGUCCUAAAAAUGAUGAACAUUAUGAUUCUUGGACACAAGGUGAGCAUGAUCUUGCCUCAAUGGUUUAGUUUGAAGAUUGGUAAAAAAUGUGAUAUUUUUGUUAGUUUGCCUUUGUAUAGGCUUUGUUGUCAUCAUUCUUUCUUGUAAUUACACAAAUCACACAAAGAUACUGUC